CCCCCCCUCCUGGUGAUUGAGGGGACCUUGUGUGGCUCCGAGCAUCGCCCUCCGUCCCUCUCCUGGGUUUUUUGGAUGUGUCGGGCCGGCCGCCGUUGGUUUGCCGUCAACCCCCCCCCCUCCCCGCGGGUAUUAUUUAUAACCGACGAGAAAAUUGGAUGGGACGCACACACGGGCAAGACGAUCCCGGAAAUAACAUGCGUACUCUCAGCCUGUCACGUACGCUCACCGAGGAUCUGCAUCAGUGUAGGCUGCCGUAGAUAUCCUACACCGCCUCCAAAAUGUUUAUAAGACCGAUACAAAUAAAUACACGGCUUGAGAGUAUUAAAUGAGAGUAAUGGGGGGCAAGGAAGGAGCCAGAAGACGACUUGGACAAGAAACUUCUUCUCUCCCUGUGGCGGAGCUCCCCUCCAUCAGAGGAAGCAGCGGCUGAGCUAGAAAAUGAAGCGAGGACGUGAGCUACGUGCGCAUCCAGCAGAUGACGAGAUGAAAUGGAGAGCUUGGGACACACGGACCUUUUAAGCCCAAGCUCUUGCCGCGGAUCCGUCGCUGUUUCAGCCUCGCAGGAGGGAAGGACGAUCGGCCAGCAGCUCCCCCGUGGACCGGCGGAGAUUCACCACACGUACCGGGCGGACAUGGGGCUUAACGGCUUCUGCGCGGCGCCGGUCGGGAGUCCGACGGCCGCGGAGUUACUCGCGGGUCUGGCCUCUCAGACCGACUCCCCUGGAGUCACAGCGCCGACGAAGCAGUCCAAAACCGGCGUGCCGCUCUACAACGGCGGGGUGGUGUCUCCGUCUGCCACCGUGGAGGGGAGCCACGCAGGCGUUUUGGCUCACACACCGAACGGGUACCCCGCGCAAAUGAAGGGGGUUGCGGGAGUGACUGGGGGCCCUAUUUACCCCCUCACCAGCAGAGCCUGUCUGGCGGAGAAUGGGGACCGGACAGCUCAUGAGAAGUGCCCUUUAGUGAUGAGGAGGAUCAAUGGUGACCUGAAAGGUAGGCAGGUGCAACAGCAGAAACGGCGGGGUGGGGAGAACCGGGACUUGGGGUCAGAAACUCUUAAUGGUCUCGUGAUAGGGCCACCGGGGUUAGGAGGUUCUGUGGAUCCUGCUUUUGCUUCGGGAGACAUAGACUUGAAGCGCAGAAAGUUGACCGAGGGAAGUGUUUCUCACAAAUCUUCAGAGGCCCCCAGAGUGGCCCGAGGGGUGGCCCCGCUCAUGGUCACUGUCAACUGCAGCAACAGUUCCCAUAGCAACCAAAUGACUAUCAAUCAUGUGCAAUGUGUAAGUCCCCAAUCUCCCUUUACCCCUCCUGCCCCACACACUAACCAGCACAACGGACAUAAUGCGGCCUCCUCAGGCCUUCCGGCUGCACCCAGCCAGACCUCCCCCAUGGAGGCUAACGGCAUCCCGACCCCACCACCUCCUGCAGGGGCUGGCCGGUCAGCAGAGCGCAUAGCACAGCAGUACAUCGUCCCCUGCAUGAAAUACUAUGGCAUCUGUGUGAAGGACAACUUCCUCGGCCCUCAGCUUGGCGACAGGGUCUUGGAGGAGGUGGAGGUCCUAAACCGCAGCGGGAAGUUUCGGGGCGGGCAGCUAGUGAGCCAGAAGAGCAUUCCAUCUCGGAGCAUCCGGGGCGACCAGAUUGCCUGGGUGGAGGGACGCGAGCUCGGGUGCAAGAGCAUCGGCGCGCUGAUGGCUCACAUUGAUGAGGCCGUCAUAUACAGCGCUGCCAAUGGACAGCUGGGGGACUGUGUCAUCAAUGGACGCACUAAGGCCAUGGUUGCCUGUUAUCCAGGUAACGGGGCAGGGUAUGUCCGCCAUGUUGACAACCCUAACGGCGAUGGACGCUGCAUCACAUGCAUCUACUAUCUCAACAAGAACUGGGAUGUGAAGAAACAAGGAGGGUUGUUGCAGAUCUACCCUGAAGGCAAAAAUGUGGUAGCCAACAUCGAACCUCUGUUCGACCGGCUGCUCAUCUUCUGGUCUGACCGCAGGAACCCACAUGAAGUCAAGCCAGCCUACGCCACUCGAUAUGCCAUCACAGUCUGGUACUUUGAUGCCAAAGAGAGAGCAGAGGCUAAAGAAAAAUAUAGAUUGGCAACGGGACAGAAAGGUGUUCAAGUGCCUGUCACUCAAAACAGCAAGACAUAAAUCUCAUCUAAUCACUGGAGAGCACUCUGAAAUAUUAUGUGCCUUCCUGAACUGCUAACGGACCUCGUGAUCAUAAAGGGAGACACUGUUAAACUGUCAGUCAUGUCUGCAGCUCCACGCCACUCUUACAUUGUCAGCUUUCAGAUACACAUCAUGGGCUGUGAUGUUAUGUUUUCCUGCCCUGUGAUUGGGCUGCUUAUCCAAGAUGUGGCAGAUAUAGAGCACAAUGGACUAGAUUGUAUGGUAAAGGUGAGAUCAAAAUUACACGUCAUGGCAAAAGAAAAAGAAAAUAACUUCGACAGUCUCACUGAAUCAUCUGUGAAGACAGCCAACUGAAAAAACAGACUCCUUCAUUUUAUUUUGUUGCAGUUUUGCCUGUUCAGUUAUCAGUGAUGUUGUGAUGUGUUGAUAAAUCAUCAUUUUCCUCUGAUGUCAUUUUCAAUUCAAACACAAGCAUAAACGAUGAAUCAGUGGAAAGACAGUGGGAAAAAGGGGCACAAGGUGUAGAAAUCAAUGGUGUUUUCUCUGAAAUUCCUUCUUUCUCCUUGUCUGUGAUGUGGUCCCCUUGUCUCAUGAUGUGGGCAAGUGCGUAUGUGUGGCCAAUGUAAAGACAGAGACACAGAAAAGAAAUAGACCGCAAGGCAUCAAGGGAUUCUCAGCCACGAUAUGGUGGAAAGUUGCCCCAUGGCACUUGUUCAGUUAGUCUUGGCUCAAGCACUAACCCCAAAUCUUACAGGGAUGUACUCACAAUUUAUAAUCAGUGCAUGAGGACAACUCUACACUGUACGCUGUAUAGCACACUAAGUAUAGUUCAGUAUUAAGUAUUAUUUCAGGACUUUAUUAGAACAUCUGUGUAAGAAUAAAAAAUCUUUUGAAACAGUUAGCGCCACGAAAACCCUGGGAAUCCAGCAGGAAUAUUUCAUUUUUUUAGUAGUUGCAAUGUGUGUGACAGAUUUUAAAGAUGGAACCUAGAGUACACAAAGCUUUUUUUUUACAACAACUGUACAUUUGACUGAAACACAUGGCUCACACUUGAGACAAGAGACAAGCUGUCCAGAUACAGGGGUCAAAACAGGGUUUGAUGAGUGUGUUUUGUGUCUUGGCAUCUGUGUGUUUGUGUGUGUAUGCUCAUAUCCCUUUAUGCAGAUUCAGCUCGACUCUUACCUGCUCUUAAUAUGAUGGAAACGGUAUGUAUCACCAGUGUGGGCGCUGUCGCACAAACCUGCCCAAAAAGAAAACAGAAAAGAUGGAGAACAAUGGACAAUUAAAAAAAAUAAAUAAAUAAAAAUGACAAAUUUAUACUUAA